AAAAAAAACUAGCAAAACUACAUAUCUAGUAUGUAGUAUGCCUUCUCUUUUCUCGUCUCCCAUUCGCCCACUUAGUGAAUGUAGCAUCUCGUUGCCUUAGUUACAGUGUUUCGUCUGGGGCCAGGCAGAAGAUGAGAAAGGGAUUGUUGACAGGGGAAGCUUUCCACAACAAUAAAUAACUAGCCAAUUAGCCAGUUAGCAAACCAUGUCGCAUGUCACAUGAAAUUGGACUUUGAUCCUUUGAAAGUGUUUACAGAAACUUGCAAGUUUUUACAGAAACUGUCAAAGAAAUGGCUGACAUUCUCAAACACUCAGAUGAGCUGGGAAACGUUUUAGUUCAGGUCCAGGAUGAUUUGAGACAGCUGAAGCGCAGUCUUGGCCGUAUCACCUUCCACGAGAAGGGAGAAACCGUGGACCUCCAGGCCUUGGACACUGCCAUCUGCAGGACAGAGAGUGGGAUCAGGAGGCGUGCAGAGCAGUAUCAGGAGACAGUCAAUAGGCAGGUACUGACACUUCCCAGCAUUGAAGACCUAGAGAAUAAGACUGUACAGAUUCCCAAAUGGAGGCCCCCCCUGGAGAGUAUCCCAGACAUGCAUCAUCAGAGAGGUCAGAGUGUGGGGUCUUCACCUGGGGAGAAGCACAAGGCAGCGUUGGCCAUGCGUCUGCUGUAUAAUCCCGUUCAUCCAAAGAACAGGACUCUGAUGCACCAAAACUAUGGAAUUCAGCUUCCUGAUCUGCGUAAGAGAUCGGCAACGAUAGGUCCCACUCAAAGGGUGGUGACUGGUCCCACGGUGGGCAGUCUGGCUGUAGUGCCAGGUGGAGCACGCAACAACCUGUACCUGGUACCACCACUGUCUGAAGAAGACAUGGCAGCAGGCAUUGCCAGUCUACUGGAGAAGGGUCUAAGCUCCUCAGCUACAGAUCUGUUCUGGACUCCUGUCCGACCCACGCCGGCUCCGUUACACCGUCGAGAAGAGAGCUGCUCCUCCAAGAUGGCUCUGCCAGAGAAGACAUCGCGGGGUCAGAAGGAAUUGAUCUGGGGCAAGGAUCCUGGCCCCUCCCACGGUCACGGCCUAGAACACUCCUCCACCUGGACCAUCCAAACCCCGCCCACCUCCGCCAGCUCCAAGAGCUCCGAACACAGGCACAUGACCCAGGGAGCCGCCCGGCUUGCACCCCUCAACCCCCAGUGUCUCCCUGCGCUGGCUUCCAUAUCCAUCAGCAAGUUGUCCUUCACCAUCCUGGAGGGCCGCAUCAACCCCAUGGCCCCAGACUUCUGCCGCUUCAAGCAGCGCUACUGUCUGUGCUGGGGCCUGCUGGUGGAGGUGUUGUCGGGGCUGGGGAGUCUUCUGAGGCAGUAUGCUGUCCCCAUGGCCAGGGUCGACGGAGAGAGGCUGGUACAGCUGGCACAGGGCGGGGAUCUGGACUGGGCCGUAGGAGGAGGAGGCAGUAGCUCAGCGGAGCGUCUCCUCUCGGUGAUAGAGAACCGAGAGGAGGUCCGGGACUUGGUGUACCGACCAGGGCAGCGCUACCGGGGGGAGGGAGGCACGGAGGCUGCAGCGGUACGGAUCCAGAGCUGCUGGAGGCGCCACUGGGACCGCAACGCCUACCUGCACCACCGCCACAGGAAGUGGGCGGCAGGGACCAUCGCUAUCUCCUGGCUGAUGCACGCUCAACUGGGCCGCGUCAGGAAGAGCCUGCAGGAGAGCAGGAGGACACACCUGGACAACUACCGCAUCAGGGGCCAGUAUCUGUCAGCCAACUGGAAACACAUCCAGGCUUCCAGAAGGACCAUCAUACACAUCCCAUCAUUAGGUUACUCCCAGCUGCAGCGUUUCAGCCUGAAGGGUUUUGACAUCCUGCAGAACAUCCAGAUGGGACGACUGUGUGAUGUCAGAGAUGAGAACGUGGAGGUGAUCUAUGUGUCUCCUGUGCGUCUGGGAGACGACCUGUUCCAGUAUUAUACGAGACUGCUGGGCUUGCAACAGAGAGGCCAGGGAGGGCUCCGGGAGGCCACGGUAGACCCAGAGGACGGAUUGGGAGGAGGGGCCAGGACAACCCAGGCCUCAUUCACCAAACGCUUCACCAUCCUCACGCCUGACGCUCUGGAAGACUUUCCGACCCACAACAUGUGUCUGUCCACGCUGUUGAAGUACAGCCCCCGAACCCUGCGACGGAUCCGUAACCUGAUCCAGGGUCAGCAGGCCUACAUGGUGGGUGGUGUGGUCCACUUAGAUGACCUGGCGGUGGCUGAUGAGCUGGGGGUUCCCCUCCUGGGGCCAGAGCCUGCUGUGGCCCGCCUCUACAGCACCAAGUCUGGAGGCAGGAGGAUCUUUACUGGCGCGGGGGUCACCGUGCCCCCAGGACAGUGGGACAUAUACUCCUUACAACAGCUCCAUGAAACCCUGGCCCAGCUGAUGACAGAGCACAUGGAGGUGAGGCGCUGGCUCUUCAAGAUGGACUCUGAGAUGGGUGGGCGGGGCACAGCAUACUGCGAUGUGUCUCACCUGACCUGCUCUACCUGGGCUCAGCAGGUGUACAGCCACCACAGUCCUGAAUGCUGGAGGAAGGCCUGGGCUCAGGUAGGAACGGUCACCCACUAUGACCUUUCACCUGUCACCUCACUAUUAUAACCACAGUCCUGAACGCUGGAGGAAGGGCUCAGGUAGGGUAGAUCACCCACUAUGACC